GCCGGAUUAUGUAUUGACUAGAAAAAUAACAGAAGCCAAAGCAGAGCUUCCUUCCGUAACUUGCAGGUAGGGUACUUCGCUCCUUUUCCCAUCCUUUCCUCUUCCCGUCCGUCAUCUCAAGUCUCAACCACCUGCUGUAGCCUCUCUUCUCUCUCGUUCUUAACUGUUUGGCGAUCUGCAGUUUCAGGGUUCCUUCCGUUUUUUGCCCUAUUGACGAACUAUUUCGUUUUACUUUCUCGCUUGGGUAAAUUACUAAAUUUACAAUGUGAUUUUUGUUUCAGGUGUUCGCAAUGGCGAAGAGCUCUUUUAAGCUGGAACAUCCCCUCGAGAGGAGGCAGGCUGAAGCUGCACGCAUUAGGGAGAAGUACCCAGACAGGAUCCCGGUAAUUGUUGAGCGGGCUGAAAAGAGUGAUGUCCCUGAUAUUGACAAGAAAAAAUACCUGGUUCCUGCUGAUCUCACAGUUGGACAGUUUGUUUAUGUGGUCCGGAAGAGGAUCAAGCUGACUCCGGAGAAGGCCAUUUUCAUUUUUGUGAAGAAUAUUCUACCGCCAACCGCUGCCAUGAUGUCUGCAAUCUACGAGGAGAACAAGGAUGACGAUGGGUUCCUUUACAUGACCUACAGUGGUGAGAACACCUUCGGGAUCCUCUAAUGCUCGAAGAACUAUGAAGCGCAGUGUGAAUAAAGACUGGUAGUGUGGGGCAAUGCAGAAGAAAAAUGAAGUGAAGAAAAGUUAAGCCUUUAGCUAGAAUUUCGUAAGGAAGAAUCUACUGAUCCUUUGUACAUUCUUGACCUCCCUCUCUGGAAUGGUAUCUCUGACUCUUAUCUUGUAAACUUGGAUACCUCUAGAAUCUGUGUCGAUUCUGCCACUUUAGUCGUUCCACUCGAAUUGUUCACUCAGAUUCUGUCAAAGAAUUUACAUCUUUUCUAGCUAGGAGCAACUAUUUGGUCCCAACAGGGUUGAAUCUGGCUGAAAAGUCCAUUGAAUCUGACUGUAGCGAAUCUAUAAUUUGUUUCGGUCAUUUUUCUUGGUCCCAGUUCUUGCUUGGAGCAUCUUUAAAAAAGUGGAUCAAAUUGAAACUGCAUGUUGCUCCAAUUCUGGAUCGGACUGAAUCUUGAACACCUUUCUAGCAUUUUGUGUAAGAUGUUAUCUUUAAGGCUAGAAAUCUUGUAUGGCCGACAUACCUUUUGUCUACUAUCCACAGUUCAAAAGAUAAACCUAACCAAUAUGG